UCAAAGAAAAAGUUAUUAUUAUUUUUAAAUAUAAAUUGGUCACCUUAUUUUAUACUUGAGACGUCAACCACGGUUUCAAAAGGCAAGUCGAUAUAAGGAUCGGAAAGUUACAAAAUCGUCGUCCUUUGCGCCGCUACGGAUCGAGAAACAUUUUCGUUCGACAUGUCUUCCGAUCGUAUUAUUGUGCCACCGUACAACGAACAGCCAGUGGCGUACAAAACAGUGCGGGGCACUCUGCACGGCAUCAAGACCCGAAUGAUCACAGCCGUCACCAAACCAACCGUAGGUGCGGUGACGGCCUCGCGUCAUGGACCCAAAACGGAUUCUAAAUCCAGUUGGUCCGCGUAUGAAAAUUACCAUUAUCGGCAAACUACGGAAAACUGGCGUGAGAAAUUGUACGCGAAAAGAAAUGGCGCAGAUGCAAGGUUCACCGCUUGCACUUAUCGAGAACCAUCAUCCGAUUUGCUGCCCGAGGCCACUGUCCCGCCGACCCACCGACCGCCGACCACGGCACACAAAAUUGUAAGAGGCACUUUGCACGGGAUCAAGCCCCGGAUGAUGGCUGCAGCCGUCGCGCGAUCGACAUGGAGUGCGAACACGUUAGCCGGCCGAAUCGACCCGGUUAAUUCACGUUGACCAAUCAAUGCUCGUGGAUAUGAAACGGCAAUGAAAAUCCAUCGCCCAUAUCAGUCGGUUGUAAAUCAUGUGGACCAAGCGCGGAAAUGGACUAGAGCCACGGUACGGCGUUGAGUACACCCGAAUUUAGUCGAACCGGAGCGAAAUGUUUGUCAUAACUGUUAAUCAACGCUAU